GAGAGAUCUACUUCCGGUGCCGUGUCUGUUAUGUUGCGGUCGCUUAGCAACGGAGAACGCUGAGAGUAUGGCAGCCGGACGGGCACAGGAAGCGGAGGGUUACCUAAAAGAACACAAAAUAAUGGAGCUGGUGAACAACCUGACAAGUCUCCUCCUGUAUCACCGGCCUGAAAGACCCAGAGAAUUCCUUAUCACACUGCUAGAAAAACUGAAGCUCGCCCGGCUGGCAGAUGUGGAAUACCCUUGCCUCUUUGAUGAGUCUAACGCGGAUGCCGUCUUUGGCAUUCUGGACCCUUCAGGCCAAGGUUAUAUAACAGGGACUCAGUACAUUGAGGCUUUAAAAACUCUGGGUGUAGAUGUUAGUAACUUACCUUCUCCUCCUGAGAAAAUUACACAGGAAGUCUUCAAACAUGAUAUGAGGAUUCAUCUAAAAAAGUCUUCUGCAACAUUUAAGACCUAGGUCCUCUGCGGUCCAGCACUGUUGUGAUCCUGGCCUGACCACAUUUCUACUGACAUGAUCUGACAGCUGUCAACUUAAGACCCACAGUCACCACUUGUAUUUAUAAUACAGAUGUAGAACUGGCCUACAUGUGUAUCAUUACUUUACUCCCUUACACUGCUGCUUCCUAUGUACUCCUCCUCAGCACAGCACGAGUGGGCUUGUCUUCAGCAGCCAUGAGGAUAGCAGACUACACUUCCAUCUACCCCCACACUUAUCGCCUCCUGCUGUAUUCACCUGGCUUCAGAUCAGAAAUGCUCCACACUGUUGUUCUCUUCAUAUUAAGUUACCUCACUGCUGUCACUUCCUUCUUCUCUUCUCAGCAAGCUGAACUACAGGUCAUGACCCUAGGCCACAAUCUAGAAACAUCACAUUUUGGGCCAAAAUGGGAGAUAAUGUGGGAAACUACUUAACAAGACUGAAUUACUGUACAUUGAGGACUUACUUUGCACCAUACAUUUUUAAAUAUUACUUUAAUAAAACUUUUUCUAGUGUUAUUUUUGAAGCUAACCCUUUUGUGUUUAAUGUGUCAUACCAUGUGUUAUGCCAAGACAUCGUUUCACAGAAAAACCCUAAUGACACAAAAAAUGGAAUAUUGGUGUGGCAUAUUUAUAUCUAGACUCAAAAUAAGGGCCCAGACAGUCACCUACUGGGCAGACUUGAGGAAAUGCACUCCUUUAGAUGUUUAGUAAGCACGUAAACUGUUCUGCUUAUAAAGAGCAAAGUAUGUAACAAUGGAAAUACUUGUAAACUGUAAACUGUUCUGCUUAUAAAGAGCAAAGUAUGUAAAAAUGGAAAUACGGUAAUGCAGCAUCAACUCAUGAUUAUUAUCUAGUCAGUAGCUGAAGCUAAAGGAGUUAAUAAAUGUGCUUUACUUUUGUUGUUGUUAAGUAAAUACUUGGCCCGGUGGCUUUAAUGUGAAAUAGUCUUUGGAAUAAUAAAAAUGGAAAUGAUUAAUAUGGGAACUUUUUUUAAUGAGUGAAUAAACUGGCAUUAUUGCCUUGAAA